CAUCCAUGAGAUCGAGAGGAGAGCCCUGCCCGAGUUCUUCAACGGAAAGAACAAGUCCAAAACUCCAGAGAUAUUCCUGGCCUACCGUAACUUCAUGAUCGACACGUACCGGCUAAACCCUCAGGAGUACCUCACCUCCACCUCCUGUCGCAGGAACCUGACGGGAGACGUCUGUGCCAUCAUGAGGGUUCAUGCCUUCUUGGAGCAGUGGGGUCUGGUGAACUACCAGGUGGACUCUGAGAGUCGCCCGCUGCCCAUGGGACCCCCUCCCACCCCUCACUUCACCGUGCUGGCCGACACACCCUCUGGCCUCAUUCCCCUGAACCACAGACCCCCUCCGAUUCCCCCUCAACAGCAGAUGCCAAACUUUGCAGAAAAAAUCAAAGACAAGUCCAUCGACCUGCAGAACUACGGCCUGCGCUCCGACCUCUACAACAAGAAAAAUUUCAAGGGUAAAACUACCAACUCCACCAGGGAUUGGACCGAGCAGGAGACUCUUCUGCUGCUGGAGGCCCUGGAGAUGUUCAAGGACGACUGGAACAAAGUGUCAGAGCACAUCGGGUCGCGCACCCAGGACGAGUGUAUCCUGCACUUCCUGCGGCUGCCCAUCGAGGAUCCGUACAUGGAGAGCACCGAGGCCUCUCUGGGCCCUCUGGCCUACCAGCCCAUCCCCUUCAGCCAGUCUGGAAACCCCGUCAUGAGCACCGUGGCCUUCCUCGCCUCCGUGGUGGACCCUCGGGUGGCGUCUGCUGCAGCCAAGGCAGCGCUAGGUGAGAACUGAUGGGGGU